AUGAGGGGAGCUGGGUCCGGCCGCUGCAGUAUGGGGGGGAAGUCCGUGUUUCUGACAGUCGGGACUACGAGCUUUGAUGAUCUGGUUUCCUGCAUCUCAUCUGAGCCUAAUAUCAGCAUUUUAAAAGACCUGGGCUACAACAGACUUAUUCUUCAGAUUGGGAGGGGGACAGUAGAACCAAAGUCCUAUGAUACACCUGAAUUUACCCUGGAAGUUUUCAGAUACAAGGACUCCCUUGCAGAAGACAUAAGGAAUGCUGAUCUGGUUAUAAGCCAUGCAGGUGCUGGAAGCUGCUUAGAAACUCUUGGAGAGCGAAAAUCUCUUAUUGUUGUGAUUAACGAAAAACUGAUGUCCAAUCACCAGCUUGAACUGGCAAAGCAACUAAAUAAAGAUGGGCAUCUCUAUUACUGCACUUGCAGCACCCUUGGGAGUACACUGAAGACAAUGGACCUGUCGGCUUUGAACAUUUUUCUUCCAGGCCAACCAAAAGUCUUUGCAGAUUUUUUGGAUAAAGCUGUGGGCCUUAGGUAGCAGGAAACACGCGAACCGAUAUAAAUAAAAUACUGUAAAAUGUGCACAUUAGUACAGCAAAUAGUUUAAUACAUUGAUAGAAAUAUAUUUUUUUCUUGUUUGCUCGCUUUUUGAGCCAGAUCCCAUUCCAGACCUUCAGUACAAAGGAAGUGCAGUAUGCAAAGGAAACAUGCUAUUUCAUAUGUCAUAAUGUAUAAACAUUUACACUAUAAUGUUGGCAUUGCUUGUGUUAUGUAAAUACCACUUUAACUUAAUAGCAGUUGUGAUUUAACACUUUUUCUUUCUAGUGCAUGGAAGUCUACUGUAACCAGAUAUCUUAUUUAAUAAAUUGUAGUUUCUUUGUU